GGUCGUGUGCUAGAAUGAGUCAUCUGGCUUCCGCCAACACGUCAUCGUAAAUAACCAUCUACAUUUUGUGUAGCAAGUUUUAAAGAAGAUCUUUGGCAAAGAAAUAAGUUACCAUACAAGCUAAUACAAGACUGAUAGGUUUUCAAAACUACUCUGUACAACGACGCUUUUUGUGACUGAAACGGUCAGUUCAUUUGAGUGUGGAAUGGAUGAUGUAACGAGCGAAGACGAUUAUGAUUCCACUUUCCAUGUGAAGAAGCCACCCUUAAAAAACCAAGACUUGAGUUCCCUAAGCCUGACUGUUGAGGAGUUCGUGGCCCAUUAUGGCUGGUACCUGCUGUUUGGAGCUGUAAUGUUCUACCUGCUCAUUCUGCACUUCAACAAGAGGAGAUCAAGCCAGCACAGCCCAACGCCACAAGACUCACAAGAUCCAACACUAGUGGAAAGGAGACAAGAGGCUAUGGCAGCAGCCAGGAUGAAGAUGCAAGAAGAGCUUGAUGCCAAAGCGUCCAUCUUUAGAGAGAAACAGAAAUUGCAAGAAGAGGAGAAGAGGAGGCAGAAAAUAGAGAUGUGGGAGAGUAUGCAGCAGGGAAAGAGUUAUAAAGGAGCUACAAAACUCUCUCAGACUACUGACGAGGCCAGCUCAUCCCAGACGGUGCUGAAACCAAAGAAGGACAAGAGGCCUUUUCGCAGUGCAGAUUACAAUCCCCUCACUGGACAGGGAGGAGGUUCUUGUUCCUGGAGACCUGGCAUGAGAGGACCCUCAUCUGGUGGAUGAGGUUAAAAAAGGUUGGAGGCAUUGAACUGCUGGACCUUUGACCUCUGACAUCCUGAUGUUCACACUGGCUGUGGAAAUUAAGCUGAUAAUGUCACCUAUCCCACGCUUUAUUAGAGUUGAGCAUACUU